GUUACCACGUGGUGCGUCGGCAUACUACAGGAGUGUUCUGCGAGUGUUUUGAUGAGCUCCCGCCAUCUUGGGAGGAAAGUGUUCUACUUUGGUGCAGAAAAAAGACGUGUAGCUCGCCAAAUCCACCUCCGAGAUUGUCGCCAAAGGUGUGCGGGAUUCAUCGGGAACUGCUCUACGACAUGAGUUUAGAUACCCUGCUUGAAGCCGCCAAAUACAUCGAAUAUAGAUCAGAAGCAAAAGCACGUGGCGAGAUCCCGCAGGAUUACCAGACGUUCGCUCUGCAGAGCAAAGCCAUCGCAGCGGCGGACGAGUUUCGGAUCCAGGCGAGGCAACAGCUGCACAACGCAUCUCGGUGUGACAAUUCUUCGGACUCCUACUCGUCGAAUCACUGCGACGAUGGCCGAGAGAAGAGGCGGUCGGGCGGGGCGGGCACACGUGAAGUCCACAAUAAGCUUGAAAAAAAUAGGAGAGCCCACCUAAAGGAGUGCUUUGAAACACUGAAAAGACAGCUUCCUAACAUGGAUGAUCGAAAAACGUCCAACUUGACCAUUCUCAGGGGUGCCCUGCGCUACAUACAGAGCCUGAAGCGGCGUGAGCGGGAGUAUGAGCACGAGAUGGAACGCCUGGCUCGAGAAAAGAUAGCAGCACAGCAGCGGCUGGCCACACUCAAGAAGGAUCUGUCCUUGCAGCUUGACUACCUCGACAUGAGUGCUCUGCUGCCCGAGAAGGACAAUGAGACCACCACAACUGCCUCUGAGUGUGGCAACUACAGCGACCUGGAUGAGGACCUGGACGAGAAGCCUCGUCUUCAGCCGCCGUCAGUGUCCCCCACCAGCUCACCCAAGCCAGCGCUAUCUUUUCUAUGUGACGUAGCAGGUAACUCUGAAAAUGGCAAGCCUCCCAUUUUUCCCACAAACCACAAGUUGAUUGACACGCUAAAUGGUGCUGCAAAUAGCAACAUUGGCAAUGUCAGCAGCAACAGUGCUGUCAACAACAUUGGCACCAACAUUGCCACUGUGUUCACCUCCUCGACUGGCCACAUUGUGACCAAUAGCAGCUGUGGUGCCACCCCUGUGGUGGUCACUGGUGGCCGGGUCACUGCACCCAGGGCAUCCCCAGGGAAAGGUAUAACCCCUAUGGCAACACCGCUGUUGUCAAUGGCUAACAGCAGCAAGAUGGUUGCCACCCCAGCUACCCCUCUGGCCACGAGCACCAGUUUGGCCAGCCUGGUUUCACAGCAACAGUCGCAGGUGACCACAUCAACAAGUCUAAGCCUUGUCUCAGCAAGCCCUACCUCUGUAAGCGGUACUCCUGUCACGGGACCGAGCAUCCCAGCAGGUGCAGUGCAAGUGGUGGCCAGCCCCAGUGGCACAGUGAAAGUGAUUGGUGUGGCAACAGCCGCAAGUGGACCCACAGCAACUGCAUCCACUCCUGGUGCCGGUUCCGCUCCGGGUAUAGGUGGUGGUCCCCUUGUGGCUUUGGCUGUGGCAGCUUCUACAGCAGCAGGGCCUGCAGCACAGCCAUCUGCAGCCAAGUCACUGGUGCGCGUGGCAACCACUGCAGCACCAUCCAGUGUCGGUCGGCCAGCACCUGCAGCAGGCCCUGCUCCUGUCACCUUGGUCACGGCGGCAAAGUCUCUCUUCCUUGGUGGGCCACAGGGUGGUGUGGCUGCAACAGUGGCGGCUGUGGGUUCAAACCCCCAACCCAUUGUGGCAGUGGCUGGGCCGCCCACAGCCACUGUGGUGACAACUCCCACCGUACGACGAGGCCUGCCACAAAUCUUGACACCUCGAGUGACUGGUGCAACAGUGCUGUCCAACUCUACAGUGGGCACCCUAAAACCAGUGCGGGGUAGCAGUCCAGCCCUCUCCCAGCUGGCAGCUCAUGUGACCCAUGUGGCCGCAGCUACUGCGCCCACGGGACAGAUUCCUCUGAUGGCCCCCAUCUCAGUUGUGGGGCACUUGCCCACAUUGCUGAGUCAGCAGUUCCUCUCUCCGGGCCUCGGUUCCCUGGCAGCAGCUGCAGCUUCUGCUGGUGGCAAUGCGCACCACCACCACCACCACCAUCACACCGGCGCCACUGCAGUUGUCAAGCCCCUCGUUGUCGUCAGCCUUCCCAACGUGGUUGCCCAACCAGCAACCUCGUCUAGCGUUGGCACAGCCCAGUGACACCCCCUCCCUCCUGUUUGGCGAUGACUUCUUGCAGUGGUGGCGUGCAGUUUUGUUCCUCCCCCCCCCCCCCCCCCCUUUUCCCUCCCACAUGUGUUGCCUUCUUACGAGCACCCCACCGCCUCUGUUGUGUUGCCUGCCCAAAGAAAGUUCUGUGUUGUGCUUAAAGCUGCAGCACAGAGCUGUAGCAGACCCUCUCUUGCCUCUGUUUCUUCGUUAUUUGUAGAAGACAACUUAUUCACCAACAAUGCAUGCAUGCAUGGCAACAGAAAAACUUGCAUAACUUCUCCGUUGCAGCAUAUUUUCCUGUCGUGGUUGUUGUCUUUGUUUUGACCAGCUUCUUCAUUCUCCUGAGCAUCACAGGCCUACAAGGAAGGGUCUGCCAUGCUUGACUUUAUCCUGGCUGGUGUGGUAGAUGUUCCAUUCCGCACUGAACAGCUCUACUUGUCACGGAUGCAAGAAAGUGAAAGCAAGUAUGCUUCUAAACACCCUGUUCUCCUACGUUGACGGUGCUUACCAACUGAUUCAUGCCUCUUUCCUCGACUGCUUGUGAUUCAUGAAAAGGUGUAUGUAAAGAUUUCACACAAUUCCCACAGUGAAGAAAGAGCACGAUGUUGUUAGGCUCUGCAAGAAAGGCAGUGCUUUUUUUGUCUUUUUUCUCGUCUGUGUUCUUUGCUUGUUCUGUCCCUUUCAUUUCAUUUAUCAGUAACACAUUUCUCAGUGUAGAGUUUGCUUGACAAGAAAGGAAAAGAUCUGUGGCAAGGUCUAUCUUUCUCUACUCGGCAGUGGCAUUCACUACAAGGCAAGCUGGUUUGUAAUGCCACUUAUACUGCACACGGUAAUGAUGUCUAAGUUGCUGCGCUUAUUGCUUUAUGUAGUCAUCGUUAUGCAUUCUUUGUCAGCACCUAUAACAUUGCAGACUGUCGGAAUAUAUUACAUUUCAGUCCAGGCUUUUUUAUUAUUAUUAUUAUUGUUAUUAUUAUUAUGUUUUUUUUUGUGCACCUCUCCUAAGCUGCCCUAUGAAUUAAAGUCAGUCAUAGCCGCACUUACCCCCUUUAGUUCUUUUUUUCUUGGUGUUCAUUAACACUCCCAGAGUUAAGCACUGAUUUAAGUUCAGAGACUUUCUCAUGUGCAUUUAGUACUCAUUGAAUCUACACCUGCCAUUUAAUUGUCUGAACUGUUAUAACCUGCAUACAAACAAGCCUUUGGCAUGGCCGUAACAUCCGCCUUGUUCCCUAACAAGAGAUGCAAAAAUUUGCAGUUCUGUUACAUGAAAUACACCAUUCAAAACUAAGUGUCCUCCUUCUCCACAGUCACUGUGCUUUGCAGUCUUUGGUCUGCUUGUGAAAUGACAAGAGCCUUGUUGCUGCUCUUCUUAGCUGUACUUGUGCUCCCUAUCUACCAUUUCGAUAUACACAUUGACAAAGGAGCUUCUCAUGGUGUGGUGAGUUGAGCAUCCUGAGCAUCCUGGGACAUCGCAUGUCUUCCUUACUGUUGCAAAGAAGUGUGCCCAUGUUUUCUGCUGCCUUUGACAAUUCAUUCCAUUGCUGAAGCUUCAGAGAGAGUGGCCUGCUAUUUAUGUGUUCUGUGCGCGAACUGUUCUUGUUAUGUUGCUGUUGUCCUUUUGUCCUUGUUUUCUUUUCACGUUGUGGAACCCUGUCACUUGUGAAUGUUGUGGCAUGUUGCACCUGCUCGGUGAUUUCUGUUUUCUGCGUUUUGUUAUUCAGUGAGGAGAAUUGAGGUGUGUGCAUGUAUGUUUGGGGGGGGGGCAGUUUUUGUGCUUCAAGAACUAGACAGACGCGCCUUUCUGGCCUCAUGAGCUAUGCCACCUUUAAAAUGCUCCAACUUCACUUUUGUGUGUUGUGCUUUCUAAACACUUUACUAGCUUCCCAAGUGUAAAGGAGUGACACCACUUUUUAAGCCUGGGCACAUUUUACUGAGCAUGUUAGCUAUGCUUAUUUUGCAAUUGUGAAACAGUUUUAUGGCUUUGAAAUGGAGAAGGGCGAACUGUGAGCUCUCUCGUAAAGCUCAGUGUCACUAAGCAUAACUGAAGCCAUCUUUGAAGUGUUCCCACUAUUCAUUGUGAUGGGAUUGUGCUUGCCACGUGCGAAAUGCAGGAGCAGCGCUCCUAAGUGAAGAUCUCCUCCGGGGUCCAAAGAGAGUUUACAAGUGGUGAUGGCGUUUACACAUGUGCGCAGAGACAGCAAGAACCUGAUGUAGCUUUUGUGUACGUCUGUUCACAUAAGUGCUUGGACAUGUGAUCUCCAUCAACCCCAUGCAAAGGUGGCUCUCAAUAGGCCAUUGUAAUGCGACUUGCAAGUGUAUCAAAGGACAUUGCUAGAAAAUGGUGGCGUUUGAGAAAUGAAAGCUCAGCUUUGCCUUUUUUAUUUUUCUCCGUGUGUUUUGUUUGGGCACUGUUUGACUUUACUUCCUGCCCUUUCAGCUUUUUGCACUUGUGGUACCUGACAGAUGGAAGGCUUAAAUAGUUGUUAUCUGGUUUUGUCCUUGAGGAACUUAUUGAUUUAUUGUGUCUUUCUUUUUGAAUUUUUUUAAGGAACAAAGUGUGUGAUUCCCAGCUCAAAUCUUUAUACUUACAUCCCUCCCCCUUUUUUUUCUGGGUUUUGUAAGAUCUGUAAAUGUAAAAAGGAAAUAGCACAUUAUUUUACCAAACUUUGGAGUGCUUAAAGAUGGCUAUUCUUGCUUUGUGAGAGCUCACCAUUUGGCAUACGUGCAUUUUUAUGUAGUGGGAGUUUUGUAUUUUAUCUUAGUGCAAACAUUCCCGCUUAACUUUUUCUCAAAAUAAUCCUAACUUAAUCAGCUGUAGCUGCUGUGACACCAAAAGGUGGCACUGGUGUGUUGCAGAAAUAUUAGUGCCCAUUCUCUGUGGUUUGCAGCAGAAGCCAGAGGAAAUUACCAUUCUGGAGAAAGAAAAAGUAGUGAAUUAAAUCAGGUAGUGCACUUUUCAUACAUUGCUACAACUAUGCCUCUGAAAUGUUCAUUUCCUUGCAUGCUUUCUCGAGGCUUUGUAGAGUGCUAUGGUAAAGAUUUGAAGCCAGCAGUUUUCCGUAAAAACAUAUUUUCUGUUUUUCACCAACAUUGGUUUAAACCUACACUGAACACUGAAACGUGCAGCACUUUUCUUCAACCUUUGAUUGCUGUGACACUUCAGACGAUUGCGCCUCGAGUCACCAUAGCAUCUGUGCACCUCUGUAAUUCACUUUAAUUGAUGCCUGUAGCAUCUGUCGGUCUGCCUUCGCCCCUUGAACGAAACAAGCAGCUUCACGGGGCAUAGACUGACUGCUCAUUCAAAGUCCAGGUUUAUAUGUGCGCAUGUGUGAAUUGUGGAGAUGAUGUGGUUGAUUGUAGAGUCAUGUUCCUCCCCGUACCUAGUGCAUAUAUUAAAAUGGUUGUCAUUUUUUUAAACUGUUUCCCAGCCAGGUAGCCAUAGCACUGUUUCUCAAACUGGAAUUCAAGUACCCCUGAGGUUAGCCAAAGAGUUCCAAUGUGUUCUUUGAAAACUGCUCUGCAGUGUGCACCAAAAGUUCUGUGAGAAAUUGAUCAGUCAGUGGAGAUGGCAAAUCCCUCUGAAAAGCUGUACAGAGAACAUUAUAUGGACUGUAUAUUUCAAAGUUUUCACUGCUAGCUACAGUGCAAGCACUUGUAUGCAAGAUUAGGGUAGCCGAAAUUAUAGUAGCCGAAAUUAUGGUACAUUUGACUGGUUUCUAACGCACUCUGAACCAGUUUGCAGCGAUGUGGAGACAUCUUGACAUUGGAGGUAGAGAAAGCAUGCGCGAGCCGAGCAUUCAGCUGCUCCCAGAGCAUUCAUAAGAGCCAGGAAAUAGGACUUACGUUGAAAUCUUGGUCGCAAUGUUAGUGCUCCCAGCUUGAUAGCGAGAUCACCCUGAAGCACUGAGACAAAGCGCGGUGCUCUGAAUGAACCAGUUGAAUGUAAACCGCAUUGCAAGGGCACUUGAAAACGACCAGUAAAAUGUACCGUUAGUUUCAUACCUUAUUUUUACCCUGAGGUGAAAUUUGUUGGCUAGUUUGUAAAAAUUAGGGGGGGGGAGCACGCAUUAAGCAUGCCAGAAUGCCUUUGUAUCAACACGUUUCCUCACUGUGCAUCCUAUGACUUGAAAGGCAAACUGUCUCGUAUCUUAUAGCAGCCUAUAAAGCAGACAAUAUUGCAGAGAUGACAACUUGAAGUUGUGCAACUGAAUGGAGGCAGUCGCACCUGUUUUUUGGAGUAUUCAGUCUCACUGGAAACUUAUGUGUGCAGAGUUACAUUGUUUUCUAAGUGAACUAUGGUGUCAAGCCAACAGGUCUUGUUGGACAACUAAACAUCAUGUCAGAAUCUGGAUUUCUCUUGCUUAAGUGUCUCGUUCCAAUUUCGAGAAGAAAGAGGUUAGCCGAGGGGCCUGAUUUUUAUUAAUCAUAUCAUAAGAAGCCAACAAACAAAGACACCAAGGACAACACAGGGGAAAUUGUACUUACUAAUUGAAUUAAAGAAAUGAUAAAUUAUUGCCAAUGGAAGUAGAGGAAGACACAACUUGCCGCAGGUGGGGAACGAUCCCAUGUCUUCGCAUUGUGCAUGCGGUGAUCUCACUAAUUGAGCUACCGUGGCGCCUUUUCCCCAUCCGCUUUCUUGGGUAUUUAUGUUUUACUACUAUAACUAACCUUGGUUGCGUUAGCCAGCGUCACCACUCACAGACGUCACGUGACGCCUGCGGCAGAAAAGACGUUCCACAUCCGUCGCCAAGGUUUGUGAGUGGUGGCACUGGCUAACGCACCCAAGGUUAG